AUGUUGUAUGCAAAUCAAUCUCUGACUAAUGUCACUGCUGAACAGCAGUAUCAGGGGUUACUGAAAAUAGUUUUAUUUUCCACUCUGACUACAGUGCCAUGCUGUGUGUUUCUCUUCAUUAAUGGAACCAUGUUAUUCACCUUGAGGAGUAAAACGGUGUUUCGUGAAACCUCCCGAUACAUUCUUCUGUUUAACCUCCUUUCAGCAGACACUGUACAGAUGGCACUGAGCCAGUUACUGUACCUGCUGGCUGCUUGUAGAGUAACGCUGACAUAUCCUGUGUGUGGUGUUCUUGCCAUGCUCGCCAAUCUCACAUCUGUAAUCUCUCCUCUCACGCUGGUGGUGAUGUCUCUGGAGAGAUAUGUAGCUGUGUGCUACCCACUGAGGCACUCUACCAUCAUUACCAUCAGAAACACAGCAGUGGCUAUCAUUGUGGUUUGGGCCUUCAGUUCACUAAAUAUCCUCGCACAAGUUAUUUUAAUGUUAGAUUUUCCAUUUAAAGACCUGGAGAGCCUGCAGAUGAAACGUUUUUGUGCUAAAGAAAACAUUCUGCUUGGCCCAAGGUCUGAUGAUUAUGACAAAGCCUACACUCUUGUGUUGUUUGUAUCAGCUAGUGUGGCAAUAAUUUCCUCUUAUAUUGGUGUGAUGAUAGCAGCCAGGUCAGCCUGCACAGACAAAGCUUCAGCUCGUAAGGCUCGUAACACCCUGCUGCUGCAUCUGGUGCAGCUGGGCCUCAGUCUGUCUGCAACUAUACACAACCCCUUGCUUAUCGCCAUCUCAAAAACUGCUAUGAGGAUAGUACUUGUGCGCAUCCGGUAUGUUUUUUACGUGUUUAUAAUCAUUCUCCCCAGAUGUCUGAGCGCUCUCAUCUAUGGCAUCAGAGAUCACACUAUCAGAUGCGUCCUUGUGUACCAUCUCUGCUGUCGACUGAAACUCUUAUCCUCUGACUGGCCUUCAUAAGUCUGAAUAUCCAGCUUUCGUAAUAGAACA